AUGAGUGGAAAGUUUGUUCGCGCCUCGAAGUACAGGCACGUGUUCGGCCAGGCGGCCAAGAGAGAACUCAGCUACGAAAACUUGAAAGUCACCAAAAACGCGUGGGACUCCAACAUCAUCAAUUGCAACGGCAAGUACCUCUCGGUCACGUGGGAGUCCUCUGGUGGGGGUGCCUUUGCGAUCAUUCCGGUGUCCGAGGUGGGCAAAGCUCCGGACACAGUGUCGCUUUUCCGCGGGCACAAGGGCCCUGUUUUGGACACGGCUUUUGACCCUUUCAACAAGCAGAGAAUUGCGAGCUGCUCGGACGACGGCCAGAUUAUGGUCUGGCAAAUCCCCGAGGACUUUUCGUUCCACAACUACAAGGACGAGAACGACAACUUGAAAGACAUCACCGAGCCGGUCAAGGUACUUUCGGGCCACAAGCGGAAGGUCGGUCAUGUGGAUUUCCACCCCUGUGCUGCCAACGUUUUGGCGUCAUCCUCUAUGGACUACACGGUGAAAAUCUGGAACGUGGAGACCGGCCAAGCGGAGCUCACCUUGCAGCACAAGGACAUGGUGACGUCAUUUGCCUUCAACUACAAUGGCUCGCUCUUGGCUACCACCUGCAGAGACAAGAAGUUGCGUAUCUGGGACCCCAGAACGGGCGAGGUCUUGUCGGAAGCACCCAGUCACACAGGCGCCAAGGCGUCUCGUGUGGUGUGGUUGGGGAACACCGACCGAAUCUGCACUACUGGUUUCUCGCGCUUGUCUGACAGGCAAGUCGGGAUCUGGGAUGUCAACGACAUCUCCAAGGGCCCCAUAGACGGGUUUAUGGUGAUAGACUCGUCCUCAGGUGUGUUGAUUCCCGUUUUCGACGACGCAAACUCCAUUCUCUACUUGGCAGGAAAGGGCGACGGAAACAUCCGCUACUACGAGUACGAAAACGAUGUGCUCCACGAAAUCUCUCAAUACGCAUCGACAGAUGCCCAGAGGGGGUUUGCCGCAGCCCCGAAGACCUAUGUCAACAUGAGAGAAAACGAGAUCUUGAAGUCUUAUAAGACCGUGAAUGACCAUGCCAUCGAGCCCAUUUCGUUCAUCGUGCCGAGAAAGUCAGACUUGUUUCAGCAAGACAUUUACCCAGACGCGCCUUCGGAUCAGGCCGCACUCUCUGCCGAGGACUGGUUUGCCGGAAAGAAUGUCAACGGGCCUUUGUUGGUUCCCAUGGAGGCCAUCUACGAGGGCACCUCUCCAGAGGUCAAGGAGUCGUCCCCUGGCGUGAGCAUCUCCGAGAGGAAAGCUGAAAUUUCCGCCAAGAAAGCCGCCUCUGUGCCUGGGACGAAAAAAAAUUCUCCAAUCAAGGCUGAUCCUCCAGUUGAAGAGGACAUAAUCGGAUCGUCGUUGCCUUCUUCUGCUCCCAGUAAGGAGCCUGUUGACGAAGUUUUGAAAUCUUCUGGAAAGGUAGACAAUCUUCUUAACAAAGUUGUCGAUGAGUCUGAUGAUGAAGAUGCCCAAAGAAUUGCGGAAAGUAAAGGAAACGACGAUGAUUGGGAGGAGGUCGAAAAACCUGUCGUGACUUCCAUCCAGAAUACCAACGAAUGCAAGGAAGAAUCAAAACAAGACACUACAGUAUCGGCGCCAGAGGUCAAAGCUGAACCAAAGGCUGAACCAAAGGCUGAACCAAAGACUGAACCAAAAGCUGAACCAAAGGCUGAAUCAAAGACGGAAUCAAAGGCUGAAUCAAAGGCUGAAUCAAAAGUUGAGACGAAAGUUGAGCCAAAGGCUGAGUUAAAGGCUGAGCCAACCGCUCUUGCUCCAGCAGAAAACGCUUCCUCUACAAGCAAAUCUACUGCUCAACCUACCUUGAGGGCAACUGUGGAUAAACUUGCUGCUAUUGUCGAGGUUUUGGAAAAGCAGGUAAGCACCCUAGUUGCUGCUAACAUCGAGAAGAACGACAAGAUCGACUCGCUAGAGAAGAAGAUUGAUGAUUUGUUGAAAAAGUGA